AUGAAACACAUGAAUGAAAGUUUUCCAGAAGAUUUUAUUCUCAUGGGCCUUACCAAAUAUCCAUGGCUGGAUCUUCCUCUUUUCUUUGUCCUCAUGACCGCUUACUUGUUCACGUUGUUGGGAAACAUUGCUAUUAUUCUGGUCUCUCAAUUUGAUUCCCAACUCAAAAGUCCCAUGUAUUAUUUCCUCACCAACCUUUCCUUUUUGGAUCUCUGCUUCACCACUACAACUGUACCUCAAAUGCUGUUCAACUUAGGGGGGCCGAACAAAAACAUCACAUACACAGGUUGCAUAGCCCAGGCCUAUGUAUUUCACUGGCUAGGCUGUACUGAAUGUGUCUUGCUUGGCAUCAUGGCGCUAGACCGCUAUGUGGCUGUGUGUAAGCCUCUAAGGUACUCUGUGAUCAUGGAUCAUAAACUCUGCCUGCACCUGUCGAGCACUGCAUGGCUCACAGGUCUGGCCAAUUCACUACUGCAGUCCACUCUCACAGUCCAGCUGCCUCUCUGUGGGAACCAGGUACUGGACCACUUCUUUUGUGAGCUGCCUGGUCUUAUUAAGAUGGCUUGUGUGGAUACCACAGUCAAUGAGCUUAUUUUAGCUGUGGUGGCCACUCUCCUGAUAAUGGGUCCCCUCUCAAUGAUUCUUGUCUCUUACAGUUACAUUGCCAAAGCUGUAUUUCGAAUUCCUUCUGCUGCUGGGAGACUUAAGGCCUUCAACACAUGUUCAUCACACCUGCUUGUGGUAUCAUUAUUUUAUGGGCCUGGCAUCUACAUUUAUAUGCAGCCCUCAGGGGACGGUCCGCAAGACCUGAUCAAAGUCUUGACCCUGUUUUACUGUGUUAUUACUCCUAUGGCCAAUCCAUUCAUCUACACCCUGAGGAACAAGGAAGUUAUAGGAGCUUUGAAAAGGCUUCUGAAGAAGUUCAUUUCAUCUGGGAACGUAUGA